AUGGCGAAGCGGCUAGCAAUGGCGAUCGAUGGGCUACCGGACACCGAGGGCCCGUCGCUCAAGGAGAAUAAGCGUGAGUCCAACUUCAAGACCAAGGAGGAGACGGAGGAGAAGCGCGGGCGAUUCACGCUUCGUCGGCGGCUUUGCUCCCCAAUGGUUCCCCCUGUGGCCUCGUCGGCGCAGCGUCACGGCGGCAGCUCCGCCCGCCGCCCUCAGCAAGCCGCGCACGCGACAAACUCCGCCGUGGCCUCGCGAGCGCAUGGAGAGGGAGGCCGAGGUGGUGGCUCACUGGCUGGGAGCUCGCAUGGGGAGCAAAGGCCGGUGGGCGUGAAGGUCGUGGCGAGCCUGUGGGUCGGCGAAGACUUGGAACCGGAGCUCCCGGGCCUUGAGCUGCAGCACGCGCCGGAUCCAGCAGUUGCCGUGCAGCUCCAAUCUGGGGACGUCGGACCCGUCAAGAUCCAGAUCGAAGUCGCAGGAGUCCAGGGGCGAGCCCCUGCGGCGGCCACGCAGCAGGCCGUCGACAAAGGGGCCGAAGGUGUCGACGCCGCCGGCCAAGCCAGUGGAGCAGGCGAAGCGGAUGGCGGGCGCGGACCGCCAGUGGUUGCGCCAGCUCUGGGCGAGAACGCACGUGCGCACCGCAUCCUGCGCCGGCAGCAGCGAGAGGAUGUGGUGAAGGACCCCCUCCGGGAGGUCACUGAUUCGAUCAGCCCCUCUCGCCAUGGGAGGCGCUCUGGUCUCGGCCAUGCGCUCCGUCGAACAGGUGGCGUGCGCCGCUGA